GUUGACGGAUGACGCAUAAAGUGGAGGCAACAUUUCACAGUUCACAAGCAUAAAUUUUAUUGCAGUAAAGUAUAGUAGUAACCGUAAAUAACAUUAAAAAUUAAAAUUUUAACAAGGAACUGCGGAAUUACUAUUCAGUAAACUGAAUCUUUUGUGCUAAUCCAAAUCAGUGCAUAUUCUAAAAUGGCAGCACCACCAAUUUACGGUCCUGUAAUACCAUGUGUGCACCCCAUUCCAUCUGGAUUCUUCCCGGGCCGUAUGAUACGGUUCCAGGGAAGUGUACCCCCAGGUGCCCAAAGGUUCGCAAUAAACCUGCAAUGCGGCCCCAAUACAGACCCACGCGACGACAUGGCGCUGCAUCUCAACUUCCGCUUUGUGGAGAUGUGCGUGGUGAGGAACCAUCUCUCCAGCUUGAGCUGGGGGAUCGAGGAGACCAGCGGGGGUAUGCCGCUGACGCGUGGAGACACCUUCGAAGCCCUGCUGCUCUGCGAGCCGCAGUCUAUCAAGGUGGCGUUGAAUGGUGUACACUUCUGUGAGUUCCCCCACCGCAUCCCGUACCAGCGUAUUUCUCACCUCACGGUGGACGGCGACGUGAUGAUUAACUUCAUCGGCUUCGAGGGCGCCCAGCCUCCCCCUACCCAGAUGUACAUGAGUGAACCCCCAGCGUACGGGGCGUAUGGUGCUCCGCCCCCAGCUUACGGAGCUCAGGGAUACGGGGGCCCGCCGGGCUUCUACUAAUUCCUGGCUAGCAGAGGCUAAAACAGGUGCCUUAUAAGCCGUCGAAAUCAAAGAAGAAUAAUAUUUUUGUAUUAAGUGUAAUGAUUAUUGUAUUAUUUACUGUUUAAUUUGAAUUUUUCGAAAUUUGUUUAAUUUUGUUUUUAUGGUGCCAGAGGCCCGGUAUUGUUUUAUUUAGCAUAUUAUUUUAUAAUAAUUUAAUUGAUAUGGUAAAUCCACUUGGGUUCUAUUAGCGUCUGUUCUGAUAUUAGUAUAAGUCUGUCUAACGUCUGAUUUUUUAAUAUUUUUCACUGUUAAUAAUAAUACUAUGGCAUGGAUGAUUUUAUGUUGUACACACAAAAUUCAAAAUCAACGGAUUUAUCUCAAAGGGCAGCUCAUAAAUUGCGUACAGAAACAUAUUUUAAAUUAUUUUGAUAUCUACUUAAACCUUAUCUAUAUGACGGGGCGAAACCGUUUACAUGGUCAGGAUCCUCCAUUGCUGUGGGCGAUUAACAUUACUGCAAGUAAAAGACAGUCUUACAAACGGACGGUAUAAUUAUCAGCUAGAAAUGUUUCACUUAACUGCUAUAAUAGAUUAGGUUAUAAGUACGUGGUGUUCCCGGCAUGUGCGUGCGACACAACCGCCUCGCUCGACAGUUCUUCCCUGACUGCCUGCUCGGCGCUCGCCCGGAGCCCACUCUCGCCCGCACUCGCACCGCACGCCUAAAACACCCGAGCUUUUAGAGGAAUACCGAUUCAUUUUAGUAUUCUAGUGCUCGAACUUCUUGACUACAUCAUAUUUAAAAUGUUAGAGGUUUUCAUUUGUGCUCGCGUCACGGUAAACUAUUGGGCAGAUUUCAAUUAAGUCUUCUAAUUUUUUACUUUAGAUACUUGCCCUUUAUCUAAAUUUAUUACGUUACCUUCAUUUAAUUUUAAAGUUAUUAAAGUUUUAAGAUACAACGAUUAUUAUAAGCUUAAGUGCUCAGUCACUAAUAAUAAAUCUAUAUUUUUCGCUUUUUUCACGGUACCCAUAGUACUGGAAAUACCGCACAAGGAAACUUAUUCCAUAGCCUGGUUGUAUGUGGAAGAGAGUUCCUUGAAAACCGCACUUUUGGAGGAAUGCGAAACAUCGAUAGUAAGGCCGUGAUUAUCUCGUCUAAGAAUGUAAACAAAGUCUCAGGUGUCCAUAAAAUUUUUUUUGAAUAUUAAAAAGAAUUGCUACCUUUCAAAGGUUGCCUAGAGCUGCCAGACUAUGAUUCCUUAAUAAUUAAAAUCAACUACCCACAAUUACAGUAAAACUCAACAGUAACGGAUUAAUAAUAAUAAAACUAAGUAAAUACGGAAACGGAAACGAAAAAUUAUGUAUCACUUUGAAAGGAAUGAACUUGUUCACAAAAUGGCAGAUCAAAUGUUGACAACUGCGGUAUUGACUGCUUUCCUCUAGCACGUUGACGUCAUUACUACGUACAAGUGAUAGGGACAGAGAUAAUAGUCACUGGCUACCGCAAUGUUACUCAGUAACGGUCCUUUUGUUUACAUUCUUUAUCUCCUCUCGUUGGCCUUAGUAGAGAUGGCGGGGAUAAUAUCCUAGCCAAGGAUUUGUAAAAAAUAUAUCUCGCAAAUUGGACGUUAGACUGUUAGUUUAUGUUAAGAGUACAAUACAUACAAUUUUAUUACAUUUUACAGUUAUUUUGUAUAUGUAUAGAUCUAUAUUGAAUUAUUAUAAUCUGUAUCAAGUUAUUCGCUAAGCACUGUGGUAGAAAACUCUUUUAUUAUUUACAAAUAUUACUAUAUUAUCCACAAAAUAACGUCGUUGUAUUAUGAUAUGCAGAAAUAGAAACUUAUACGAAAUUAAAGAAAUGUUUAUUUGCUAACAGACGGGCCUACAAGUAAGAAAUAAGAGUUUAACGUUUUUCUCAAUAGAUAGCACUGAUAGUAAGCUAAUUGGGUUUAGUUUUUAGUUGUUUAGUUCAAAACGCAGUCUUGAUAAGAUUUUGAGAACAUUGGUCUCAAAAGUGCUUGAACCCGCAGCCGUUAAAGUUUAUAAUAAAAACAGUGAUAAUAAGUUCUUUUACGUUUGCAGUUAUUUAUCAAUUGGUUAUUUGUUUCAGAAGUUUAAAUAAAAAAAAUUGUAUUUAAAAGCAUGGCAAUACCCUAUAAAUCUUGCUUAAUCAUCAUCACCAUACAAAUUCUCUAUACUGGGUUAUCCACCUGACAUUGGCUAAAUUGUGGUGGCCCUUCCGCAAAGGCCACACUAUAAAGGACAGAAGCAACUGAUAAUACACCUUAUAAUUCUCUCUGGUGUUUUUGUGUAGGGAUACGUAGAUAUUGGCAGCUUUUGACGGCUGUCUUGCCGUGUCCACGGGACCACUGUUGGACCAUAGAAACGCUUGCCAUGUACGCUUGUGCACUGGACGUAUGGAGGGUUAAGAUUGAAUUGUUGACUUUAUAUGGUUUAGACCAGCCACCUCAUUUGUUUUGUGUGCUAAGGGCAUUUUAAGAUAAUCUCUGAUUGCAAAUUUCAAUGUUCACGAGGUGCUAAGGAUAAUUAAUGUGUCUUCACUUUUACUAACUUCAAACACCAAAAAAAAAUUUAUUUUAACUUGUCCAAUUUUUCGCUUCGCAUCACAGUAUAAUAAAGGAGCUAUUUAAGUAUAAGGUAUAUUUUUGUUAUAAAUAUAUUAAAAGCAUGUAUUGUAAUAAUUUGAAAUUGAAUUUUGAGGUUAUGUCGAGGUAAUUAGUCGAAAUACAAGCUAUUAAGAUUUACAUGACGAAGAACUGACAAGGGUGUUAUUAGAUAGAUAUCUAAUAAAUGUGAACAUCUUUUAAAACAGCGAUAAAAUUUAAGCAAUAUUGCCCACUCUCUUUUCUACCCCCUCUUUUCUUUCUGUAUUCCGAUAGAUUUUUGUAUACAGUGUGCUAUAAUAUUACAUACAUUUAGUACAAGAAUGGUGUAAUUGUAAAAAAAUAUAUUAAGUAUAGUAAAAUCUAAUUUACUAACAAAUAUCUUCUAAUAAAUAAAAUUCUUGAAAUUUUGUGUGCAUAUCGGGUAGGUCUGAGAAUCGGCCUACAUCUAUUUUUCAUACCCCUAAAUGAUGAGGUUGACCCCUAAAUGUAUAUAAUUUAUCUUUGAAAAUUUUAAUUUUAUUAUUUUUCAGUAUUAAAAAAUACAUACAACUUCAAAUUUUCGCCCUUCUACGAUCUACAACUAUUUGUGUAUCGCGAUUUUUAUAUUAUUCUGUUCCAUUCACAAAUCGCGAAUCUAGAAGGUUGCAAGUUGGCAAUCGAAUACAAGAAUUGUAGUACGAUAUAUUUGGUAGAUCUGAGAAUCGGUUGCAUCUAUUUUUUAUACCCCAAAAAUGUCAAUUAUUGAUUUUUUUAAUUACUUUAUAUGACAAUACAACGCUUGCUGGGUCAGCUAGUAUUAUAAUAAUUAAGUUUAAACAGGAACAAUAGUAAAAUAAUUAAGUUAUCCAAAGUAAAAUCAUACGCAUCUUAUUUAUGGGCGGACAAUUUAAAGAAUGCGGUUUGACUAAGGUCAUUUCCAUAUUACCCCCCUUUUUGCGACACGUGCUAUUCUACUGUUUACUAAGCUACCUCUGUCUGCUAGAUUUACUCAAGUACAAUAGGGGAUAUUUUGGGAUAGUCAAAACAUACAAAAUCUUAUAGUGAUAAGGGGCCAUCCAUAAAUUACGUCACACGUUAAGGGGAAGGGAAGGGUUUACCCCCCGUAAACGAAGUUUAACAUUGUGUGACAAGAGGCGGGGAGGGAACCCAAAUAUUUGUGACAUAAUAUUUUUUCAAAAUAUAAUACAUUCUGUUUAAGUAUAUUUCUACUAAAUUUAAACUACAUACCUACUAAAUUAGCAAAUAUAUGUUUUUUUAUGUUUUUGUUAAUUUUGAUGUCUUUAUUUAAUUUAAAUGGAAAUAAAAAUGAUUUAGGAACACAAAACUAAAAAUGCCAUAUAUGUGACAUAGGUAGAGGGUAUCUCACAAAUGUGACCAGCUGUGACAAGGAUGAGGAGGGGUCAAAAAAUCAUGAAAUUCGUGUGACGUAAUUUAUAGAUGGACCCUAAUUAGAUUUUCUUGAUCUGGCAACUGAGAUGGCAUUUAAUAUCACCCUGUAUACAAUUAUACGAGCACAUUUAAUGGUUGUAAAUACUAAAUACCACUAAACGUGAAACAGAUUAAAUAACAAAUGAAAUAAUAGGCACAGAUAGUAUUGUGUACUAUCUGUGCCUAUUCUUUCAUUGCUGUGUAUUUCGAUGGCUUACUGCGACAGUAUAUGUAAAUUGUUUCCUAUAGAUUUACGAUGUUGGCUCUUGCAAAUUUAUUGUAUUUUAUUUGCUUACAAGCAGUUGAUUAAAUAUUAUUACUAU